AAAAAAAGUCACACAAAAGCAAAAAAUAAUCCAAUUCUCCUUUCCUUCCAGACCUUGCGUGUUUGUCUCUCUCGGUCCCCUAUUCAUUUUCUCCCCAACCCAUUUUCCGUCUUUGGUCUACAUCGCUUUCUCUGUUGCUCUUCGUUCCCCCUUUUUUCUUUCUCUUUCUCCCUCCCUCUCCCGUUUCCAUUCCUUCCACCGCUUCUACAGCCCCCUCCCGUCGCGUCUCUCCUCCCUCUUUCGGGCUCCUGCUCUGCCCUCUCCGCCCCUCCCCAGAGAAGAGUGUCCAGCUCCUCCCGGGGCUACCCGCCCGCCGCUCCUUUCCUGCCCACCUACUAUGAGGAGCAGCUCCUCCCACCUGCCCAUAAAAGCCAAGUGCAUGUUACCAGCCGCGGAUCAGAGCACUUUCCUGGUCCUCUCCUGUGGGAGCCCCCUGAGCCUUUCUCCUGGAUCUUACGUGCUCAAGGUGAUGGCUGUACCACCUGGCCCUCUGCAGCUGCUGGGAGUGCUGCUUACCAUUUCCCUGGGCUCCAUCAGGCUCAUUCAGGCUGGCGCUUACUAUGGGAUCAAGCCGCUGCCACCACAAAUUCCUCCUCAGAUCCCACCACAAAUUCCACAAUACCAGCCUCUGGGCCAGCAAGUACCUCACAUGCCUUUGGGCAAAGAUGGCCUUAACAUGGGCAAGGAGCUGCCCCACAUGCAGUAUGGCAAAGAGUAUCCACAUCUACCCCAAUAUAUGAAGGAAAUUCAACCAGUGCCAAGAAUGGGCAAGGAAGCAGCACCUAAGAAAGGCAAAGUAGAAAUACCAUUAGCCAGCUUACGAGGGGAGCAAGGUCCCCGUGGAGAGCCUGGCCCAAGAGGACCACCUGGGCCCCCCGGCUUACCAGGUCAUGGGAUACCUGGAACCAAAGGAAAACCAGGGCCACAGGGAUAUCCUGGAAUUGGAAAACCAGGUAUGCCUGGAAUGCCAGGAAAGCCAGGAGCCAUGGGAAUGCCUGGAGCAAAAGGUGAAAUUGGACCCAAAGGGGAGAUCGGGCCUAUGGGGAUCCCAGGGCCGCAAGGACCUCCAGGGCCUCAUGGACUCCCUGGCAUUGGAAAACCAGGUGGUCCAGGGUUACCAGGGCAACCAGGUGCAAAGGGAGAGCGAGGACCAAAAGGACCACCAGGACCUCCAGGCCUUCAGGGUCCUAAAGGGGAGAAGGGCUUUGGGAUGCCAGGUUUGCCAGGCCUAAAGGGUCCUCCAGGGAUGCAUGGCCCUCCUGGCCCUGUUGGACUUCCAGGAGUGGGCAAACCCGGAGUGACAGGCUUCCCUGGGCCCCAAGGCCCCCUGGGAAAGCCAGGUCCUCCAGGGGAGCCUGGGCCCCAGGGCCCUGUUGGGGUCCCAGGAGUUCAAGGACCUCCUGGGAUACCUGGAGUUGGGAAACCAGGCCAGGACGGGAUUCCUGGCCAGCCAGGAUUUCCAGGUGGCAAAGGGGAGCAAGGACUGCCAGGGCUGCCAGGACCCCCAGGCCUUCCAGGAAUUGGGAAACCAGGCUUCCCAGGACCCAAAGGUGACAAGGGCAUAGGGGGUCUUCCUGGCGCUCUAGGACCAAGAGGGGAGAAAGGACCAGUAGGUGCCCCUGGAAUAGGGGGUCCCCCAGGAGAGCCAGGCCUGCCUGGAAUCCCAGGUCCUAUGGGUCCUCCAGGUGCUAUUGGUUUUCCCGGACCCAAAGGAGAAGGUGGGGUUGUAGGGCCACAGGGGCCACCAGGUCCCAAGGGUGAGCCAGGGCUUCAGGGCUUCCCAGGAAAGCCAGGUUUCCUUGGUGAAGUAGGGCCCCCUGGCAUGAGGGGUUUGCCAGGUCCCAUAGGGCCCAAGGGGGAAGCUGGUCAUAAAGGUUUACCAGGGCUCCCUGGUGCUCCAGGGCUUCUGGGACCAAAGGGAGAACCAGGAAUCCCAGGGGACCAGGGUUUACAGGGCCCUCCAGGCAUCCCAGGGAUCGCAGGCCCAAGUGGGCCCAUUGGACCACCUGGAAUGCCAGGCCCCAAAGGAGAACCCGGCAUCCCAGGGCCCCCUGGGUUCCCUGGAGUAGGGAAGCCUGGAGUAGCAGGACUUCAUGGGCCCCCGGGGAAGCCUGGUGCCCUUGGUCCUCAAGGCCAGCCGGGACUUCCAGGGCCCCCAGGCCCUCCAGGGCCCCCAGGGCCGCCAGCUGUGAUGCCCCCUACACCACCACCACAUGGAGAGUAUCUGCCCGAUAUGGGGCUGGGAAUUGAUGGAGUGAAACCCCCCCAUGCCUAUGGGGCUAAGAAAGGCAAGAAUGGAGGGCCUGCCUACGAGAUGCCUGCCUUUACAGCUGAGCUGACUGUGCCUUUCCCACCUGUGGGGGCCCCAGUGAAGUUUGACAAACUGCUCUAUAAUGGCAGACAGAACUACAACCCCCAGACGGGCAUCUUCACCUGCGAGGUUCCCGGGGUCUACUACUUCGCCUACCACAUUCACUGCAAGGGGGGCAACGUGUGGGUUGCUCUGUUCAAGAACAACGAGCCCAUGAUGUACACAUAUGAUGAGUACAAAAAGGGCUUUCUGGACCAGGCGUCUGGGAGUGCGGUGCUACUGCUCAGGCCGGGAGACCGAGUGUUCCUCCAAAUGCCCUCAGAACAGGCUGCAGGACUGUAUGCUGGGCAGUAUGUCCAUUCCUCCUUUUCAGGAUAUUUAUUGUAUCCCAUGUAAAAGAAAGAAAAAGAAAGAAAGAAAGAAAGAAAGAAAAGAAAGAGAUUUAAAGAAGAAAAUGGCACACCGAAAAAAUCCAAAUGAAAAACAUAAUUGCUUCAAAACAUUUAUAUAGUUGGAAAGUUAUAUUUAAGUGAAAAUCUAAACCAUCAUGUACAAAUAAAAACUAAGAUGCAUGUUGAAUGCUCUGCAUAGCAGCCUGUAAUUAAAAAUGAUGGGAUAGAUUUAUGUAUCAAGUACUGACACUUGUGUUGUACCCACUGGAAUCAUAUUAGCUGUUGUAUUGUUAUAUGCUUCCAUGAUAACCUGCUUAUUCAGAUCAGUCAAUAUAUUUCAGUAUGGAAGAUUAUAGCUAAUGAAAGUCACUUGCUCAUAUUGUUUAAAGAUUUCUAAUAUGGCUUAAGGAAAUGUCCAUGAUAACAAUUACCGUAUUUAUUUGCAUAAUUUCCUCUGUCUUUGGGCAGAUGUUUUGCCAGGAAGGUGGGGAAGGAGUCCUGUUGUGUGAUAGCCCCAGUGGGAGGGAGUCAGGGGAGCAGAAGAUUUUUAGCCCAAGGGCUAUUUCCCUCCUGUCAGAAGCUGUGUCUUUUAUGGACACAAGUCCUCCUCAGAAUUGUGUAUCUCUUGUCUCUAAAAGAACAAGUGAGCCAGUCGCCUGCUGUGUAAUUUACUCAGUAAAUUCUGUGUGCAUCGCACUGGAUGAGACGUGUGAGGGACAUAAGACAGUGCCCCAAAAGGAGCUAAAAAAAA